UUUGACAGUCAGGGGGCGCUCGAGCUCCUGAGCGAGAGAGGCAGGCAGACGCUCUCUCUCUCUCUCUCUCUCAGUCUCUCUCUCACGCGCUCUCUUCUCAGGCACUUUCACAUCGUAUGCAGUUGAGGACUAUUUCCAUGGCUUUGCGACUAAAACGGCUGGCAUGCAGUAACGCUUGAGGAAGAUGCGCCAGCGGUCGUGGCUCUUUAAAUGGCUGGGAAUAGGCAUAGGAGUCCUUUUAGUUGCAGCUUCAAGUUCGUCUCAGGACACAGACGACUGGCAGUAUGAGGAGUGCAAGCUCUCCAGAACUGGUCCUCCAGCCACCAUAGUAGCCAUAGACGAGGAGAGCCCUAAUGGGACUCUACUGGUAGAGAACAUGCAGAUCAACGGGCGAGCAGAAGAUCCGGAUAGAACCAUCUCUUUAUCCCUGAGAGACAACUACAACCACUGGGUCAUCCUGGACCCAGUCAAACAACGCCUUUACCUUAACAGCACUGGAAGAGUUUUGGAUCGUGAUCCUCCUUCCUACAUACAUUCCAUAGUAGUGCAGGUCCAGUGCACCAAUGAACUAGUUGGUACGGUGAUUCUCCAUGAGGUGCGGAUUGUUGUGAGAGAUCGCAACGACAACACCCCUCGCUUCCAGCAGCCACGAUACUACGUGGCUAUUAAUGAGCUGACUCCUGUCGGCACCACCAUCUUCUCAGGCUUCACUGGGAAUAAUGGAGCCAUUGACAUUGACGAUGGGCCGAAUGGACAAAUUGAGUACACCAUUCAGUACAAUCCUAAUGACCCGACUGCAAACAGGACGUUUGACAUCCCUCUCACCCUCUCUGGUUCUGUAGUCCUGAGAGAGAGACUCAACUACGAGGAGAUCACACGCUACCUGGUCAUUAUCCAGGCAAAUGACCGAGCUCCUUACCCUAAAGACCGACUGACCGCCACCACCACACUGACAGUGGAUGUCCUGGACGGAGAUGACCUGGGCCCCAUGUUUCUGCCUUGCAACCUGGUGGACAAUACUCGUGACUGCAAGCCACUGACCUACAGAGCCACUGUCCUGGAGCUGGCAGACCCGAGCCGAGUGAACCCAGUAAAUGUGACCCCCCCAAUCCAGGCUGUGGAUCAGGACAGGAACAUCCAGCCUCCUUCUGAUCGGCCAGGCAUCAUCUACUCCAUCCUCAUCGGCAAACCUGCGUCCUAUGCAGAGUACUUCUCCUUGAACAGCAGCACAGCUGAGCUGAGGCUGCUGCAGCCUGUCAGUCGUGAGCAGCACCAGCGAUUCGACUUGGUGAUCAAGGCUGAGCAGGACAAUGGCCACCCCCUCCCAGCCUUUGCUAACCUCCACAUCGAGGUGCUGGAUGAGAAUGACCAGGCGCCAUACUUCCAGGCACCUGCCUACCACGGCUUCAUCAUUGAGUCUGCUUCAGUGGGCACCACUAUCUCCAGUAGCAGCAAUCUCUCCUCCCCUCUGACCAUCAUCGCUCUGGAUAAUGACGUGGAGGAGAGCAAAGAUCCAAUGGUACGAAUCUCCCUGGACAACUACGACAGCAUCUUUGCGGUGACACCCAGUGGGCUGGCACGCUACUUGACACUCUUGAAGCCUGUGGACCGUGAAGAGCAGCAGAGUUAUACCUUCACGAUGAUCGCCUCAGACGGGAUUCAGGAGAGCUCCCCGGUGACCGUUAAUAUCACGGUGAUCGAUGCCAACGACAACACGCCCACCUUCCCCAACGUCUCCUACAGCGUCAAUGUUUACACAGACAUGCAGCCUGGGGAAACAGUAUUACGGCUGACAGCGGUGGAUGCUGAUGAGGGUCCCAACGGGUUGAUAAGCUACAGCAUCCUGGCGGGGGCUCAGGGACACUUCGCCAUCAAUAACAGCACAGGACUGAUCACCGUAGUGCCAGGUGUCAACCUGACCGUGGGACGCUCUUACGCCCUCACUGUCCGAGCUGCGGACAACGCCCCACCCUCACAGAGGAGGAGCUCCAUCACCACUGUCUACAUUGAGGUUCUCCCUCCCAACAACCAGAGCCCACCGCGCUUCCCCCAGCUUCUCUACAGCCUGGAGAUCAGUGAGGCCAUGAGGACUGGAGCCACACUCCUUAACCUGCAGGCAACAGACCGUGAAAGAGAUCCCAUUACGUACAACGUCCUGAGCGGUGAUCCCAGCGCCAUCUUUGAACUCAACCAAACGUCUGGGCUAUUGCUGCUGGCGAAGAUGCUGGACAGGGAGAGCACAGAUCACUAUACACUGACCGUCACUGCGUCCGAUGGCAAGCCGGACGGGACCUCAACGGCCACAGUGGACAUUCUAGUGACUGAUGUCAAUGAUAACGACCCUGUAUUCGAUCUUCUACUGCCCCAGAAUCUCACAGUUCAGGAGGAGCAGGCCAACGCUUUUGUGGGUCAAGUGAAGGCUACAGAUCCUGACCUAGGUGUAAACGGUCAGGUGCGCUACAGGCUUCUGACCCAUGCUGACCUGUUCCGCAUCAGCGCAGAUGGCAACAUCUUCACAGCCGUGGCUCUGGACCGUGAGCAAAGAGGUCACUAUGAGCUGCUGGUGGAAGCCUGGGACGGAGCAGUGGACCCCCGCAGGACCACACUCACACUUUCCGUUAGCGUGCUGGACGUAGACGACAAUAGCCCUGUUUUCUCCCAGCCGUCCUACAGUGUCAUCCUGCCUGAGAACAGCCCUGCGGGCAUGGCCAUCCUCCAACUCAGUGCAUUGGACGCAGACCUGGACUCCAACAUCACCUAUCGCUUCAGAACAGAGGAGGCCAUGGAGCUGUUUGCACUCAACCCUGUUACAGGAGAGCUGAGGGUGCUGUAUACGUUGGACUUUGAGAAACUCACACCUGAGAGGACCACACACACUUUUGUGGUGGAGGCAGUGGACAGCGGUGGGAGCAUGCCACCUGGUUUAGCCACUGUGACUGUCACCGUAAUGGACAUGAAUGACUUUUCGCCGGUGUUUGGCCAGACGGUGUACAGAGGCAUGGUGGCACCCAAUGCAGUCAAAGGAACCAUCGUCACCACGGUGCAGGCUGAAGACUUGGACACCCCGGACACUCCAGCCAGUCGAGUGCACUACCGAGUGGACCUGGAGCAGUUCCCCUACAGCACCAGCAUCUUUGACGUGGACAAGGACACAGGCAGCAUCCUUACCAGGGUCAAUCUCAAUGAGGAGCCCAACACCAAAUUCAAUCUGGCGGUUAUUGCUUAUGACGACGGGGAGCCAGUGAAGUUCAAUAAGACUCUGGUGGAAAUUACCGUCCUGCAGCCCUCGAUCAUCCCUGUCUUCACUCAAGAGGAGUACAGGUUUCCACCGGUCAGUGAGAACGCUCCUGUUGGCAGUGUAGUGGGUGUCAUCCUUGCUGCUGCCAUAAAUCAAAGCAUUGUCUACUCCAUCAUCGAGGGUAAUGAAGGGGGUGAAUUCACCCUGAACAACAACACUGGAGUCAUCAGCACAGCCAAGCCACUGGAUUAUGAGAGCAACAGCAGCUACGUCCUGCGUGUGGAGGCCGACUCUAUGAGAGUGGUCUCCUCCAACCUGCGGGCACCUUCCAAAAGUAACACAGCCAAGGUGUUCAUCGAGGUGCAGGAUGAGAACGACCACUUCCCGGUUUUCACCAAACCACACUAUCUAGCUGGGGUCGCCGAGGAUGCCAAGACCUUCACAUCCGUCCUGCAGGUCCAGGCUGUGGACAAAGACACAGGGAAUUACAGUGUCAUGCAGUACCACCUCAUCAUCCCCCCAACAGCAGAUGGAAAGGACAGCUUUGUCAUCGAGCCAUACACAGGGGUCAUUAAAACGGCUAUCAUGUAUAGGAACAUGCGCCGCUCCUACUUCAGAUUCGACGUCAUUGCCACAGACAACUACGGAGAGGGUCUGAGCAGCAGUGCGCAGGUGGUGGUGUCUGUGGUCAACCAGCUGGACAUGCAGGUGGUCGUGUCCAACGUGCCCCCCACUGUGGUGGAGCAGAAUAAGGAGCAGCUGAUUGGGAUUCUAGAGCGUUAUGUGCAGGACCAGAUUCCAGGUGCCAAAGUGGUGGUAGAGUCCAUUGGGCCACGGCGAUACGGAGACACCUACGAGCAGGAAGACUAUACCAAAUCUGACCUCAUGGUGUACGCCAUUGACCCCCUGACCAACAGGGCCCUCUCCAGACAGGAACUGUUCAAGUUUCUGGAUGGGAAGUUACUGGACAUUAACAAGGAGUUCCAGCCCUACCUGGGCAGGGGUGGCCGCAUCCUGGAGAUUCGAACACCCGAUGUGGUGCAGAAUGUGAAGAAGGCCGUGCAGUCGGUGGGCUACACUGAGGGAGCCCUGCUGGCCUUGGCCAUCAUUAUCAUUAUCUGCUGCAUCCCUGCGAUCCUUAUCGUCAUUGUCACCUACCGACAAUUUAAAGAGCGACAGGCUGAGUGUGCCAAAACUGCCAGGAUCCAAAUGGCUCUCCCAGCUGGCAAACCCGGCGGCGUGGCAACCAGCAAUCUGUAUGAGGAACUUGGCGAUGGCACCAUGAGAGGAUAUGGACAUCAAGAGCAACAGCAGUUGCUUCGGCCUUCUCUUUUGAGACCAGAGGAACUAUCUAUGGAGUCUGGCAUCGACCCUGGCCAGGACUAUUAUACACAGGAUUACUAUAAUUAUGACCACGGGUACGAAUUGCCUCAGUAUGGCAGUCGCAGGAAGCUAAUCUCUCCAGCUGGGACAUAUGAUGAGUAUGGGGAGGUGAUCGUGGAGGAUGAUGGCAGCUAUUAUUACAGUCCCCAUGAAUCAGAAGGAGAGUAUGCCAGAAAGAAGCGAAUCAAGUUGGUGGUGGAUCGCGAGUACGAGACCAGUUCAACAGGGGACGACAGUGCCCCAGAGGCUCACCGGAAUCGCCUGUCCAACGUGAAUGUUAACAGCCACAGUAACAUCAACGGGAGCAUCUAUCUGGCCCAGAACGGCUCCAUCAUCCGGACGCGGCGAGCAGCCCACACCAACAACAUCAAAUUCAGCUCGCCCGUCCGGCUGGGGAAGCACUUCAAGAAACUGGACAAACUGGCUGUGACUCAAGAGGAGAGAGUUCCUCUCAACAGCCCCACCGUUGUGGGCGCCACCGGGGGCGAGCAGAACAUUAACGCCCAGCCCUCCAGCGGGUCCCUGGCCUCCAGCACCACGGGCCCAGAGAGUAUAGCCUCCAAGUCCAACAUGGCGAAAGGAGAAAGCGAAAGAACGCAGAACGUGGACGAGCAAGAGUCCACAGUAGACAAUGAGGAGGUGAGGGACCUGCUAGGGUCGCACAGUGACCGCACACAGUCCGAUGAGGAAGAACUGUGGAUGGGGCCUUGGAAUAACCUGCACAUACCAAUGACGAAGCUGUGACUUGAUAUAUAAUGCAACUCAAGUUCAUUUCUGUUGUCUUAAUAAACAAAAAAGGAACGCUCACAGACAGUUAUUUUGCCACAUUACAAUGAAAUUGCACUUUUAUUCAGUAUUACGUCUGCUUUUCUUGGCCUUCUGAAAGUCACCAGUGAGCUUGCUCGUUGACUAUCCAGCUCAUAAGCAACCUGCACAUUGGUGUUCUUGGUCCACUGAUUGUCACCCAUGAACUUUUUUUUUUUAAAGCUGCCGAAACACUGUACACAGGAAUAUUUAUUUUGUGUUUUUAGAGUUUCUAUGGCAAGAGCAAACAUAUCUGCUGAGGUGUUAUUUUUUGUAAACAUUUACCAAUGAAGAUAAAUAGGUUUAAUCAGGGGUGUACUAUGUACCUACUCAGUGCCACAAUUAACUGGUUGGUAAAAAGAGUUGGGAGUGUUACAUAUAAUUUUUAUACAAAGCUGGGAAUACUUCUAUGUUUGCCAGUAUUUUGCUGAUUUUUCUUUUUCUUUUUGAAGCGAAGAUGUUAGCAAAGCAUUUGUUUAUUUCUUGAGGUCGGAGAGCAGAACAGGCACAUCAAUAAACAUUCCUGGUCAA